UCCGGGUCGCCGUCCAUUCCCGGCAUGCCCCUCGCGGCUUGCUCUAUGGCGGCCGCCGCUUCCAAGCCGGACCUGUUCGAUGGCAUCCUGAUGGCGGAGGAGAGAUUUCAUGGCGAAGGGUAUCAAGACGGUUAUGCUGAAGGAAAUCGUAUUGGUGUUACUGAAGGAAGGAUCUAUGGAUCGUUACAUGGGGCCAGGAUUGGGUCUGAGGUUGGAUGUUAUCUUGGGUUUGCAUUGACUUGGCAGCAUCUUCUCCACAACUGCACCGGUGAAAAACACAGUAAAAAACUAAAGGCCCUGGAAUCACUAGUAGGAAUGAUCCAGAAAUUCCCUUAUGAAGACCCCACUUACGACAAACUUCAAGAAGAUCUGGAGAAAAUCAGAGGAAAAUUUAAACAGGUUUGCUCAAUGCUAAAUACUCAUCCUGACUUUAGAAUUGGUCUGGAAAGAUCUGUACUUACUUUUUGAGUAUAAGAUGAAGAUAAAAGUGAACAAAGAAGAAAUGUUUUCACAGGUUCACAGAAGUUUUGGGAUGGAAGGGACCUCAUGAGAUCAUUGAGUCCAGCCCCCCUGCUCAAGAACAGAUGUCUGGAGAAUAUGCUUUUUUUAAAAACAGAAUUCAUUUUCAAAAAGGAAGAAGAGAAGGGUUGAGGUUUUAGAAAUUCUGGUGAAUAGAGACUCAUUUCAUGUUUGUUGUCUCCCAUUCUUAUUAUGUUCACUGCAGUGAAUAAUACUGUGGAAAAAAAAACAACAUAGUCUCUGUUGUAGACUGAUAGUUUUAUUCCUAAAGGGAAAAUAAUCUGCUUCUAAUUAUAAUUGUUCUUGUAGUUUUUUUUCCUUGUUUUAAUCAAAGGAUGCCUAUUGUUUAAAAAGACAAUGUGAACAUUUACACAAACAUAUAGUAAGAUAUGUUUUUAUAGUAAGCAGUAGCUUUAUUUUUUAUUGGGAAAGACUGAAGAGGAGUUUGGGAUAAAAGAGAAUCUUCCUCUUCUGGUUCUUGGCUUUCUGUAUUGUUUUCAUGAGACAUACAGAUUGAUCCAACAGAGUAAUUAAAUUGGCUGUUGCAUGUGACUGCUAUUAGAAAUGUAGUCAAUAUCUAACGACAAUUUAUGUUAGAGUGGCUAAUUGAAAGAGGUAAAACUUUCUGGUUUUGGAAAUGCACUAUUCAGUUUGAUAAAGAAAAUGGAUGCUGUUAGGCUGUAUGGAUGGAUAUUCAGCUAUGUUAGUUAAAGACAGGACUGUCCAACUUCUAAGUGGCUGGGGACUGCACACCCUGUGGAUCACACUAGCAGGGGCCACAGGCCCCUGAAGCUGUAUGAUUUCAGGAAUGUUACCCUCACCGCUGCAUUGCGCUGCUCUGGACCAUGGGUUCCCCAGCACUGCAGGCUGCACCAUGGGGCAAGGAAGGGAAAGCUGGAGGGAGAGGGAGCCUGGAGACCCCGGCUGCUUCCUCAGCUUGAGCUGGGGGGAAAGCAGUGGCCAGGUAGGAGCCUGGGGGGACAGGGCUGAAAAUUUAACUCCUUGCAGGCUGCAUGAGGCUUCCAGGUCACCCGUUGGACAGACCUGGCUUACAGGAAAACAGUAACUUUUUUAUAUAGUAACUUAUUUUCUACUGAUGCAUAUAUUUAUAUUGCUAUUUGCAUAUGGACUGUAAUGUCACUUCUGGAAAGCAUUUCACUACAGUGCAGUGCAUGUAUGUUUGAUUGAUUGAUUGAUUGAUUUGUAUAUUGCUCUUUCCCAAAAGGCGCCAGGUAGCUUACAAUAAAAGAGAAAAAGAACUAUAUAAACAGAAUAAAAUCCCAAAAUAAAAACAAAAACACCCCCAACCUGGGGGAGGAGGGAAACAAGUUAAAAAAUAAUCUACCCCUUCCCUACACCUAAUUCAGCCUCACUUCUCAAUUAACAUAUAGUACCUCCAUAAAGGACAACAGUUCUCUCCCCACCUUUAUUUUUUCCUGUCCUUACCUACUGCCAUUCAUUCCCUGCCUUAUAUGCAGGGGAGUGCCCCCACCUCCUACUGUCUGCAUGAAACCCUCCAGGUCUGGGAGAUUGUGACUGCCACCAUCUUCCAUUCUUGGGGGCUUCAUGCACUCGAGGGGCUGGGAGAUUGUGGCAGUUGUCUCCCAGCUGUGGAGGUGCAUGGGGCGCCCCCGCGGUUGGGAGCUUGCUUGCUGAUGCAGGGGGAGCUCAGAAUUGGGCUCCCUCUGCACUGGCAAUAAGGCGUGACGGGAUCUAAUGUGCAAUCCCACAGUCACGCCUCCUGCUAUAUAUGUGUGACAUGGCAGGGGGGGCAGUUGCGUGGAUUGCACAUUAGAUCCUAUUUUGCCUUUACCAGCAUGUUUAUAAAGGGCCCCUAGUGACUGAACACAGAUGCCAUUGUCUUGUAACCUUCCCUGAAAUAAAUUAGUUUCUGAAUGCACCAAUACCAGUUUCUUAUCAUUAAAAUUUUCUUCUUUAAAUUUCUUAAAUCAUACCAUACUAUCACUUACCUCAGAAGCUGGUACAGGCUUUUCAUGUAUGUAUUGAAUUCUAUCAGCAUUUUUUAUUUUCUGAAAAUGUUUAGCUCCAUUUUCAUAGUUACUAAUUCUGCAUUGGCCUUCUCUAUAUUGAUACAGUCUUAUUUAUCUCUUGAUUUCUUCAAAUGCCUUUUCAAAAUAUUGAGAUUCUUCCUGGGUUUUUUUAAUCUGACUUGCAACUGUACAGCUUCAUUCAGCACACCUUUUAAAUCAGGAGUGUCAAAUAUAUGGCCUGUAGGCUGGAUCCAGCACAUGGAUCCGUUGCAUCUGGCCCACCGAGGUAUUAGCUGGCCACUUGAAGUUGUGGGGGUGUGGCCAGGACCAGUAGCUGGCCUCAGAAUCUGGGGCUCUCAGGCCCCAGUGGGCAUUGAUUGGUGGCAGGAGCACAAAUGAGGACUGACAUAGUCCUGGUUGCCCACUGGUCACUUUGCCCAUUGCCAUCCCCAUGGCCCAAGCUCCUUGGCUGCCUGUACUGCCAUGUUCUCUGUGCUGGAGCCAGCACCGCUGCCCUUUCCUCUGUGCUGCCACUGCGUGCCCCAAGCUCUGUGCCAGCACCACUGUGUGCUAAAGCCAGUGCCGUGUAUCCUGUGCUUCAUGCUGGAGCUGACACCUCAUGUCUUGUCCUGGACCUGGAGCCAGUACUGCAUCCCCUGUUCUCCAUGCCAGAGUUGCUGCUUCUGUCACCGCUGCGUGUUCCAUGUGGGAGUUGCAAUCCUGGUCUGAAACGCACGUUGGCAACAGAAGCCCUAGUUCUGGCAUGGGACAUGCAGCAGGAGCUGGAGUUGGAGCCCAUCCUGCAGCUGCCCUGUGUCCUGGGGUGUCUGGAUCCAGCCCAGGACAGGAGGCAAAUUAGAUGCCUGUUUUAAAUCCAUCAGAAUACAAUUCAGUGCCUUAAUUUCCUCCUUUUUUGCAGCUAGCUUUUUGGCUAGUUUCAAGCAUGCUAGUUUCAAGCAUACUGUUUCCUCUGUUUUGUCACCAAGUUCAACUGAUGUAUUUCUUAAUUUAGCCUAUAACACUUGUUUCAUCCUGAAGUUUGGCAUGGUCAUCAAUUGUUUUUUUCUAACACUCUUUCCUUGCCAUUCCAAACAUUAUCUGUUGUCAUUCUAACAAAGCCAAAACCUAAUUUUUAUGUUUGCCUGAUUCCAACUCAUUAUGGUCAGUAGUUUCCUUUUCUUGAAGUGCUGCCACAUGAGUCUAGCUCUUUCUAUAGAGAGCAUACUAGCAACUGAUUACAGUCAAAUAAAUUCCUCAUACUUUUUUAAUAAACAUCUUGGAAUGUUUUGCGUUUCUUUUUGAGGAGUUCAAAAUCUUUAGCUUGUUUAUCAAAAUCAGCUGCAAGUUAAAUGUCCUCUUCCUUUUCUUUCCUAAAUUUUUUUAAUAUCCUCUUUCUGGCCAAAAGUGAUGGCCGACAUUUCUUUUGCAGGUUUAUUUUCUCUCUCCCUCAAGUUGAUUCAGUUGACUAAUUUCACUAUUGAGGUCUUCAGUAUUCUUAGUGCCUCCAGCAUUUAAACAAGAUUUUACCAAAUUAUAGUAUUAUCAUUCAGCAAUUUGUCCUUUACGACUUCAGCCUAUAGAAUCAGAAGAGCCAAGAGAAGAUGAGAUAAUUCCUCUCCAUAUAUGUUCAUUCUUUCUCAUUAAGUACGAACUUCAUGCGACUCAGUAUAGAGUCCUUGUCUUCCAUAGAAUAGAUUUUACUCAGAUGCUUUUUAUUUUUCAGCACUGAUGUUUUUCAACUAGACAAACUUGUUCUGAAGCUGCUCUGAUUUAGAGAGGGUAGCAGAAAAUGUUUCAUACCACAUUAAUUUAGUAUCGUUCUCUAAAAGUUAUUGUUUCAGGAUUAGACUCCUAUGUCUACUUUGCAUUUAAACAGAUUUCAACUACAAUGUUAACUCAUCAGUCUUUCUUAGUAGUUCCUCUGUUUGUUAUGCCUUUUUUUUAUUUUCUCCUGUCUACAUCUUAAAACUUUUCAAUUUUGUACACUAGGUCUUUUCUUAUAACCAGGGAUCCUGGUUUUCUCUGAUUUAAAAAAAAAAAAAAAAUCCCCAGUUUUUGGAUUUAAAAAAGUAACCCAAAAUCCACAUUCUUCUAUGAUCAGAAUGAAAUACCACUAUAUAGAUAUCUAUAUAGCCAUUUAUUAGUGGUGUUUCAUUUUAAUCACAAAAAAUGUUAAUUUUUUUGUUACUUUUUAAUCUGAAAAUUGGGGACUUUUUUAAUAAGAGAAAACCAGGACCCCUGCUUAUAACCAGUGGUACUUGAAGUUUAUUUUUCAAGUUCUUUUUCUCUUUAAUCAGUUGCUCCAGCCUAAAUUGCAUCUGUUCUUUUUCACUUGAUGGGUGCAUCUGCAUGAGGGAUUUACUGUGGAGCUGCCCAGUUAGCUUCAUGGUAAAGUGUCAGCAUCUACACGUGCGGCCCUAUUAGGCUUCACUAAACUAAUUAAUUCUGCUAUAGGUUAGUACUUGUAAACACAAGUGCUAUCCUGUGACGGCAUUAUGUAGUGCACUGACACGGCGGGCUGGGGCACAGCUGGCCGGCUAGCCCCACACUAAAGCACCUUCGUGUCCCAGCCAGCCUCUGCAGGAUGUUGAGCUGGGUUGGAGCAGCCCACUAGCCAGCCAGGGCUGUUCUGACCUGGCUCAAUGUGCUGUGGUUUCAGGCUCACGUGUAAAUGCAGCACCUGGGACCAAUAAACUCGGAUGCAGUUUGUGUUGAAUUAAUUGCACAUGUAGGUGUGUCCAUUAUGUCUUUAAAUGCAGCUUCUUUUCAGGUUACAGAAUCAGAUAACCUGAUCAUGUUCUAGUUCUUGCUUAUAAUCCUCAGGUUGCUGCAAUCUUUGAUUUAACUCUGUUGUUGUUGUUAAUUUUUCAGGCAGAAACAGGAACAAACAUUUUUCAGGCAGAAACAUCCAAUACCGGAAUCCAGCAAUAGGAAUUGCAUGAAACUGGAGCUAUUACAUAUUUACAAAGGAAAAAUUCUUACAACUUAUCAUCUAUACAUUCACUAUAACAUUGUUUAAAUGUUAAUAUACAUAAAUACGGCUAGGGACUCUUGCUUAAUGGUUGAUGAACCUAUAUGUCUGUCUGUCUGUCUGUCUGGAUAAAUAGAUAGAUAGCUAGAUAGAUAGAUAGAUAAUAUACAGAUUUUAUAUAAGUGUGUGUAACCAACUGCAGAAACUUCCUUAGCUUGAUGAAGGGUUUUUGAACCCGAAAGCUUGCUUAAUAAUUGUUUUCCAACUAUUUAAGUUGGUCUAAUAAAAGAUAUCAGAUUCAGCCAAAGAACCUUGUCUGCCUAUGUCCUUAGACCAACACAGCUACAACCUACACCCCUGUAGAUAAAUAUUACUUGUAACUUCCUUUAUUUCUUUAUAAGAGGAUAAGAAAUGAAGCGUAUAUAGAUGAUGUUUGGACUAUUUAAUUGACCUUCAAUAUUGUUUUUGUUAUGUAUACAACCUUGCCCUAAAAUUUAAUUUUAUUUACUAAAUCCCCUACUGCCCUCCCUGUUAUGUAUCCAGUUUAAUUUCUUUCCCAUUUGGGUCCCAGAUGAUCCUUAUUUUUAUACUCUUUAGCCCAGGGGUGGGCAAAAUACAACCCACAGGUUGGAUCCAGCCUGCCAAAUUAUUCUAUCCAGCCCACAGCUGCUCCUCUGAAAGAGAAUUGUAUCUGGCCCACAGCUGCCUUGGUUUUCAGUGCCCCUCACCCUUCUCCCUUCCUUAUGCUGUAGCUGGCUGCAGCAACAGCUCUGGCUCCAGUGGCCAGGAAGCUACUCCUGUCUCCAGCCAGCCCGCCCUGCCCCACCUCACUUUAUCUCCCAUGAGCCCCCAGUGAUGCUCCAAAGCUGAGCUGACUUACCUUCACUAUUGGGGUCCAUGGUGUUCUUAGGGUGGGGGUUUUCAACUGGGGUGCUGUAGCAUCCUAGGGUCCACCCCCUCCCCCUCCCUCAAGGGUGCUACAGUGGCAGUGGCCCGAUAAAUCUGCCCUGUGUGCUACCCUUGCAUUUGGGGCUCUCUAAUCAGCCUAAAUCACGCAGGAGCUGCCUUGUGCUCUCCCAACCCUCUUCCUGGAAACAGGCACAGGCAGAUCUGUCCUGUCUGCUUGUUUCCAGGAAGAGUGCUGAGAGCACUAGCUUGAGGCAGCUCCUACCUGCUUUAGGCUGAUGGGAGUCCUAAUGUAGGAGGAGCACGUGCACCUGGUACAGCCAUUCCUGGACCAACUUUACAGCACAGGGCAGUUUCAUCACAUUUGCACAGUCCUUCCUGGCAGAACCUGAUCGAGAAGCACCCAGGUAGGCUAAGGCAGCACCGGCAGUGCUUCUCAGCCAUGGGUGCUGUCACAUUCCAGAAGGUGAUGCUGGGGUUGCUUGACCCUGAAAAGGUUGAGAACCACUGUCUUAGUGUCUCCAGCAUUUCAAGCUCUCUUUCUCUUUACCCAUUUUCUCAAGGUUAACUGCAUCUCCUCUUUUUCACUCAUUCAGUCUUUAAAUGCAGGUUUUUAAAGUUUAAUAUGAUCUGAUUAUGUUCCAGGGCUUUUUUUAUAAUCCACAAGUUACUGGGAUCCUUGAUUUAGCUCUUCUACAGAGCAACUUCAAACAGCUUCAAGUUUUUGAAUUUAGUGUUCAAUAAAUUUAGUGUUUAAUACAUUUCUUCAAGGAGCAUUCAUUAGGCCAGGCUUCUUGGACCUGAGUAAUGGAACAAUCUGUGGUUUUAGAAAGUACACUUUUGAAAGGUAAUAUGACUAGUUAUAAACUAAAACGAUGUGCACAAGAUUGAUCAUUGUUUGUUUUUAUAAAUGCCAGAGACCUUAUUUGUAAUAACUACCACAGCAACAAUAUUUGAAAAUCAGUUUUCAUAAAUUUAGCAAGAUAAUUGUUUAGAGCCAUCUACUGGUAGAAAGUAGUACAUCAAUUAGAAAAUAAGAUUAUUUAAAAAUAAAACUUGUUUCAAGAAACUAAAACAUCUCUAACUUUGAAUUAAAGUGAUAGAAGUGUGUGUAUAGAUUCAUCUUACUUUUUCGAUAUGUGUUAUGUAAAAGUUGUUCUGAAUUCUUAUCAAAUAAAAUUACUUUCAUGUGGGAUUAAUUUAUAAAGCAUAGGGUUUCCAGAACAGAGUGAAAAAGCUGUAUUCUGUUUUUUCAAUAAAACCACUAUAACUUGAUUGGGAUGUUGUGCUUAAUACUGCAAAGAAAACAGAAAGCAUGGCUUCUUUUUUAUAUGUAAUCUAUUUUGAUAUAUUCAAAAAUUUAGUUUCUUAAUGGAAAUACCUAUUUAAUUUCUUUGAGAACAACUUGAAUAUAUCCAGACAGGUUUCUUAUGUGAAAUUAUGUAUGGGUUAGUAGAAAACAUUACAAAAGGUUAUCAGUCUUCAUGCUUCAGGGAAUGCUCUGAUGAGGUAACAUCAGUAAAAAUGUUCUGCAUGCCAAAAAUGCUCAUUGGUUAACAUUAAUAAAGAAGUUUUGCACAGGCA